UCCGCCCCGACGCGGCGCUCUGCCCUUCCGCCGGGACAUGGCGCUGGAGCCGCGGUGCAUGGACGGCGAUGUGGAGGACGGAGAGCUGUCCGGCUCGGACUCGGACAUGCCCGGCGCCGGCUCCCCCGGGCAGAAAUCACAUGAUGGCAGUGAUCCGUGCAGGCCAUUCCAGAGCGGCAUCUCAUCCAGUGCACCGAGUGUUCCCUAUCGGACAACCAAGAGUGUGGAUUCCAGUGAGGAGAGCUGCUCUGACUCUGAGGAUGACAGCUGCCUGUGGAAACGGAAGCGACAGAAGUGCUUCAACUUCCCUCCUGCCAAACCCGAGCCCUUCCAGCUCAACCAGAGCCACCAAAAACAAACUGCGCUGCACGGCAAGAAGGUCAACAACAUCUGGGGUGCAGUGCUCCAGGAACAGAAUCAAGAUGCAGUAGCCACUGAGCUUGGAAUUCUAGGCAUGGAUGGCAGCAUUGACAGGAGCAGGCAGUCUGAGACUUACAACUACCUGUUGGCUAAAAAGCUGAUGAAGGAAGCUCAGCAAAAGGAGGCAGAGACUUUGGAUAAGGAGCUGGAUCAAUACAUGCAUGAUGACAAGAAGACAUUGCCAGCAGAAGGGGAAAACGGGCAAGGCUUUCUCAAAAGGAAGCGCCCCAUGAAAGAUAGACUGGGUGAAAGGCAAGAAAUGAAAUACAAAGGAAGGUAUGAGAUAACAGAAGAAGAUUCAGAGGAAAAAGUAGCAGAUGAAAUUGCUUAUCGACUUUGUGAGCCAAAGAAAGACUUAAUUGCUCGAGUGGUGAAAAUAAUUGGGAAGAGAAAAGCGAUUGAGCUGCUUAUGGAAACAGCUGAAGUGGAGCAAAAUGGUGGACUGUUCAUAGUGAAUGGCACCAGGAGAAGAACACCUGGGGGUGUUUAUUUAAACCUGCUGAAGAACACACCUAGCAUCAAAGAAGAACAAAUCAAGGAAAUAUUCUAUCUGGAAAACCAAAAGGAGUAUGAAAACAAAAAAGCUGCCAAGAAGAGGAGAAUGCAAGUUCUAGGAAAGAAGAUGAAGAAAGCCAUUAAAGGGCUUAACCUGCAGGAAUAUGAUGAUGCAUCUCGUGAGACUUUUGCUAGUGAUACAAAUGAGGCUCUGGCUUCCCUGGAUGAUCUGCAGGAGGGGCAUCAUGAAGCAAAGAUGGAAUCUGAAGAUAUUAUUGAAAUUGAUAACGCUCAUGAUUUGGAGAUCUUCUAGUUGCUAAAGUUCUUGAUAACAGUGUCUCUAGGAAACAUAUUAAAUGAGCCUUUCUUAUAAUCCCAUGUUUUCAUAAGCUGCAGAAACAUGGGAAAUAUUUGAUGCUGAAGAGCAGGAUAUGAUUCUUAGCUAAAUUUAACAGCAUGAAAGACUUUUAAUUGUCCUAGUAUUUGUUUGCUGAGUCCUCAGAAACUGUUAAGAUUUUCCUAGAUAACAGCCCUGCAUCACCAUGUUUGUUCUUUUGGAAAUUUUUUUUAGUCACGUUAGGUUAAGGAAUUAAGGCUGUGUUUUAACCAAAUACUUCACAUUUAAUUUGCUGAAUCUAACAAAAGUGAAUAAGUGAGCAAAGCUGCUCACUACAGUUGAACAGAAAAACACUAAUUAUAAAGUUAAUCUGGAUAUAAAAUAUCAUAUAGUCUUAACGUGGCAGUGUGUUGACAGAAACAGUAUUUAUAGGAUUAAGACCUGUAAAACAGAUUGGUUUGAGAAAUACACUUAAUUUCAGUGGUCAGUGACCUUUGAAUAACAACCUUGUAAAUAAGCAAUACUGAGCAACGUAUGUUUUAGAUUUCUACAGCAGUUUUAUCCUUUGUAUUUUAAUAGUGGCUUCAGCUUCCUACUCAUUUUGUCUAAACGUUUUCCAUGAUGAGACAUGCAACUCAUAUGGAUCUUUUUGUUUGAGGACAAAUCUAACUGAAUGCUUUCUGACUAGUGAGAUUUUACUGCACUGUGUUCCCCCCAAGGGUCUGUACACUGCACAUGCAGAUACAAACCCUUUACCUUGCAAUUCUUGUUCCUGUCCUUCUCCCAUGUGCUGUAAGAUAAUGUGCAGCUUUCAGAAGAUUUGAUGUUUUUUGAUGGAGACUCUUAAGAAAACAAUACAAAAGGGGAUUUUUUUUUACUUGAUUUAGAAGACUCUUGUGUAGGUUGUAAGUUUAUUUGAAGACAAUUUUUAUUGUUGAAUGUUGUUUUUAAUAUAGCCAAACAUGUGCAACACUGAUAUUUAUGAUGUUUAAAAUUCUUUGUCACUAAUAAGUUGUGGGUUUUUCGUGACUA